AUGCGACUCCAAGAUCUUUGGGGAAAUCGAGACAGGCCUGGGGCCAGGGGUGCGGAGCGUCACUGGGCCGGAGACCGGUGCGUCUCGCGCUCUGCGGAUCCCGGCUAUCCGCAGCAUCCCCCGCACCUCUGCGCUGCGGAACGAACCCGGUCCAGGCGGCUCGGGAGUCCGCACUCCGCCAAGGCGGAGCGGCAGUGUGAGGCAACAGGAGGGGCCAGAGAGGAGCCCGACCAUAGGGCCUUGGGACCUGCAGGGCAGCUCAGGAUUCUUCAUAAACGCGCAAGACAAGAUCGCCCUGGAAUUUCCAGCCUGUUCUGCGACCCUGGAACCGAGCAGGACCAUCUAAAGGCCUCGUGGCCCCAGCAACCACCCCACGUUCGGCAACGGUGCACAGUGCUGCUGAAUCCCAGACCUCCUCGCUGGAGGCUGUGCGGGCCGCUGGCCGGAGAGUGCGCAGCGCAGAGCAGCUUUCCAGGCCGUCGGCGGCUUCUCCCGCAGGGCGGAAACCUCUCAAAGAAAGCAGGAGCCGACGCUACACCUGGAGUCCUUGAACGCCAGGCCUUUCCCCUCGCCGCUGGGAUUAUCGCAGCCCUUUCAGAGCGCGCACAACAAAUGCACCCGCCAUCGAAUGCAGCAUUUACCACCGCAGAUCCGCGAGCCGAUGGGCAGGCAGAUAGCAUCCGCGGGGGGCGCGCCGGGCGGCGAGUGUGCACCCCGGCUCUGCUCGCUGUGUUUGGAAGAACACGUGGGUGUGCCAGCGAGUGGAUCCUGAGCAAACAAGAAUGCGGGUGUAAGUGCUGCUGGGGUGAUCGCAGUUGCACAUUCCUGUGGAGCCGGCUCUGGUCUGCAAGGCAGUGGGUGCCCAGGGUGACCAGGUGUGCAGCGAGACGGAUGAGGCGAAGGGCGGUUUUCGGGCCUUGCAUGAGGCUGCGUGUGCAGACUCGGAGCUGGAUACUGAGGGUGGGGAACAGACCGAGCAGCCAAGGCGGGAUGCACUGGCUCUGGUGAGUGUUGGGGCCAGCGGGUGUGGAGCUCGGAGUUUGGGGACACCCAAGGGGCCCUGGCCCCAAGGCCUCUCCUUCGAGGCCCUGCUGCUGGGGCAAUGGAGCCGAGCCCGCCUCCCGGGGUCUAGGCCGUGAGUGACACGCGCCGCCACAAAGACUGUAUUUUUCCAGGCCCGCGCCCCGCCCGCGCGCGAUGGUCCCCAUAGCGACGCAGAUAGCGCGCGGCCAUUUUCCUAUCUCCCUGGAGUCUAUUAUAUGGCGGGAUUAGCUCAUCUCCAGGCAGGUCAAACCCAAAGUCACCCAACCUGCGGCGCGAGCCCCGCCUCCUGCUGCCCCUCCCCCGCCGAACCGGCCCGCGACCCCCGGACCCGCCGGUGCGUGGAUGCAGAGCGCCACCUGGCGGCCGCUCAUCCCCAGCGCGCUGCACUAGAGGCUUCAGGUGCCAGGGCAGCGGCUUUGUGUGGUCGCUACGGCGACCCUUGGACCCGCUGGCACACAAGCUUUAUUGGAAGGAUGCACCGACAGGAAAUUCGAUAGGGGCUGACGGCCAAAGGCCACCGCUUGUUGGCAACAGCAACAACAACAAAUUUCUGAGAAUAUAUCCCACUGAAUAAAAGCCACGCUUCUUUGGAACCCGGGUAGCAGCCUUGCUGACCCCCCCCCCAAGGCCUCAUUUCCUUCUUCCUUCCUCCGGGGACAGCAGCCUGGCUGUCCUUUGGACAGGAAUCCCCUUCUCCGUGUCUGCUGGCCCCUCCACCUGAAGAGGCCUGC